AUGGAUAAACUUUAGACGCUGAAAAUAAAUGGAAAUGGAAUAUAUAUACCCUCAAAAUCAAGUCAUUUUGUGUGGUUUUCCCGAGACUCACAGUAACGUACUUGCGCAUCAUGUGCAGUGCAGGUUCAUCAACAAUACUAAUACUACAGUCGAACUCGAUACAUGUCAUCGUCUCAGGCGUUCAUUCAGAUCUGUAAGUCUAGCUAGCUUAAUCUUACUGAGCAGAAAGAGAGGCAGUGAGAUUCAGACCCAAAAAGGAAAAAAGAAAAGAAAAGAGAGGCAGUGAGUGAGAGUACUGUUAUAGAAUGGAAAAACCCUCUUGGGUUCUUACUUUUGUGGCGCAGGCAUGUUUGUGCUUUAGUCUCUACCUUGCUUUUCAACUGGGUCAGCCUCAGAAGCCUAUUUACCAUGGUACAAGUGGGACGAGACCCCUUGAUCUUUAUUUUAUCAGCGUUGGAGGGGGCUUCAGACCUGUCAAUCAACAGACCCAUCUUCUCAAACAGAUGGAGAAGGUGGUAAAGAAGUACAAGGCAAAGUUCGUGGUGGACAUUAGUGAUCUUGGGAAAGAUGAUCCGCUCAUGCAGAAUGGUACUCUGCUUUUCUCAUCACUGAAACUUCCCUGGUACACCACUAGAGUUUCAGAAAGACACGGAGGAGGUUACUUCCAAAAGAAGAUCAAUUUACCUUACGAGAAAACCUUAGAUGUCAUUGUGGUGGAUACUGGAUUGUUACAGGGCACCGGAUCAUUAGGUGGGUUCGGAAACAAUCAGUUAAAUUGGCUGAAAAGGACACUAGAAGUAACCGGUAGUAACUGGCGCAUAGUCGUUGGAUUCCACCCAUUGGCUAUUUGUGAAGAUGGUGAGGAGGGAAUGGGAGCAAAGAAAGUUUUUGAGUCUCUACAACUUAUUUUUAUGAAAUUUGAAGUGAAUGCAUACUUAAGUGGGCAGGGUUGCGCUAGCAGUGUCCAACGACGCAGCCUGAGCUACCUUGGGAACCCGGGGCGAAUGGAGGAUGGUUUUCUUCUUCAUAGAGUCAGCACACUAAAGAUUGUGGGUAACCUACUUUGUCAGCUCAGGUGGGGAAGUUGUGCAUAA